GUAUAACCAAAUUGAAAUACUACUACUCCUAAGUUAUAAAAAAUGAGCAAAAGGCGUCUCUCCAUCAUCCAUGUCUCCGAUGAUCCAACUUCAGACGGAUUGGAAAUGCAAGAGAAUAAAAUUAGCACCCCGGUGGCCGGCAAUGGGAAGAACACGAGCAUCCACGUGACGGCCCUGGACGGGAUCGUGAGCGUGAACUCGCUCUUCACGAUGGCGCUGUUCAUCGGGUUCUCCAUGACGGUGCCGGAGAACGCGACGACGGUGGGCAGCGCGUCGUGCAUCACGAGCGGGGAGACGGUGAGGAGGCUGAUCGUGUUCGAAGUGGCGUCGUUCAGCUUCUUCCUGUUCUCGUCGCUCGUGGCGCAGAGCCUGAAGCUGCAGAUCAACCUGCGGAACAGCAUGGACCCCACCGAUCCGCACAGGGCCGAAAUCAACGUGGACCACCUCAAGUACUGCCUCUCGGCGUCCGCAGUGGGAUCGGUGCUCGGGUGCACGUUCCUGACGCUGUCCAUCGUGGAUUUCAUAAGGGUGAAGCUGGGGUCGCUGUCGUGCGGCGGAAGGCCGGUGCAGGCGGUGGUGCUGCUCCUCAUAUUUGUGGGCUCGGGGCUGCUCAUUUAUCUCGUCACUGCUGCACGUGCUCUCUUUUUCGUGCAGACUCAACCCUCACCUACUGCUACUGUUACUGCUACUACUUGACUCCAACUCCUAACAUUGAUGAUUAUAAUAUGUAAUGUUAGUUGCUUUGCUGUGUAAUUAAGUGUAAAUUAAUUGUCAGCUAUUAUACAAAAUUCAACUACCUUGCAUCA